CUGCAGUCCGCACGGAACCGUGGCACCGAAGUCUCGGCCCCUGCCCGAACGCGGAAAGCCGGGGUCUCUCCCGGCGCGAGCAGGAGGGGCAGCGGCCGCCGGCGAAGUGAGGGCAGCGGCGGCUUCACAGCGCAGUGCGCACGCGCGCGCGGAGUGCGCAGGCGCCGCCCAGAAGUGACUUCUCCAAAAAGUGUCUUAGUUCCCGGUCACCUGAGCACCCGGCGGCCGCCUCGGUGGCCUCGCGGACACGCGCCCUCCGUGGGUCCUGCCUGCAGCCCCUGCCCUCUGCCUCCUGCCCGUCCUCCCCGCCCCCUCGAGCCCCCCAGAGGCCUGUCCUGUCCCUCUCUGCCUGCCCAGUUUCGGGCCGGACCGGGCCGAGCCGGGCGCCGGGCGCGGCCGCUGACCAUGGCGUCUCUCUUCAAGAAGAAGACCGUGGACGAUGUCAUAAAGGAGCAGAAUCGAGAGUUACGAGGUACACAGAGGGCUAUAAUCAGAGAUCGAGCAGCUUUAGAGAAACAAGAAAAACAGCUGGAAUUAGAAAUUAAGAAAAUGGCCAAGAUUGGUAACAAAGAAGCUUGUAGGGUUUUGGCCAAACAGCUCGUACAUCUACGGAAACAGAAAACAAGAACUUUUGCAGUAAGUUCAAAGGUGACUUCUAUGUCUACACAAACGAAGGUGAUGAAUUCUCAGAUGAAGAUGGCUGGAGCAAUGUCUACCACAGCAAAGACCAUGCAGGCAGUGAAUAAGAAGAUGGACCCACAAAAGACGUUACAAACAAUGCAGAAUUUCCAGAAGGAAAACAUGAAAAUGGAAAUGACUGAAGAAAUGAUCAAUGACACACUCGAUGACAUCUUUGAUGGCUCUGAUGAUGAAGAAGAAAGCCAAGAUAUUGUAAAUCAAGUUCUUGAUGAAAUUGGAAUUGAAAUCUCUGGAAAGAUGGCCAAAGCUCCUUCAGCUGCCCGAAGCUUACCAUCUGCCUCUACUUCAAAGGCUUCAAUCUCCGAUGAAGAGAUUGAACGGCAACUCAAAGCCUUAGGAGUAGAUUAGUCAGAAAAGUCAUUGUAGUUUUGCUUACUUAUAAUUAUUUAGCAUAAAGGAAGCACGGUGCAGAUCCCUUUUACAAAACACAUUUAUUUUGGAAAAAUGAAGACCAUAAAUGAACAGUUGUUUCCUUUCCUGUGGCUAUUUUGAAUCUUUUGCCAAAGAAUGACAAAGAUAUAAAAAUGGAAACAGUUUGAAUUUUAAUUAGAACUAUUUAGAAGUGUGAUGUGUAAAAAGUUGACUUCUUUUCUGCAUGGCAUAGAAAAAUUAUAUCUAUUAUUUAGUGUCAGUUCAUGUUCUAAAUCUUUUCAUAGUGAAUACAAAAUUCUUGUUAAAUGCCACUAGGCAACAACUGAAGAAGACUUGUAAAGAUAAUAAAAGCAUAUCACUGAUUCUGUAUCUGUUGCUUAGCCUUUGUAAACAAUUAUGUUUUAUGACCAUAGGCAGGUGAAUUGCCAAAUUAUUUUUAAAUGAUCUAAAAGAAGAGUGCUAUUUAAACAUCUGUCUUAAAAACUGUCAUUAGCUUUUCCUUUUUUUCCUUUGGGAGAACAUUCUACUUGGUAAGUUAUUACCUUUCAAAAUGUGCUUGGCACAUGCCUUACAUAGCACAAACAUAUUGUGCACAUAUUUAAAUUACUUUAACUGACAGAAAAGAAUUAGUUUUAAACAAAAAUUGAGAUAACUUGCAACAAUUAUUGGGGUUGUUUUGUCCAUCUUAUAGAAGUGAAUUGAAUUUAAUUAGCAAGAAAAAGACUGAACUAAUAACGUUUAUUGUAAUAAAACAGUAUAUUUUGAUCUUUCUUCCAAGAACUAAGAUUUUUCUCCAUAUAAACUGCAAGUUAAUUUCUGUUUAAUUUAGAAUUGCAUUAAGUCAUAUAUUGAACUCUAAAUUGAAGAGAUUAUUUUUGAGUACUACAACUAUGAGAGUACAUGACCUAAAUUUUUAAAGUAAAAGUUUAACAUUUUUUUGGUAAAUAAACCACAGUUUUGUCAGAAAUUACUGCCUGAAUGUGUAUUACUGUGUUCGCAGUGUAUUUUAGUUAAAAUACAGUGUUUUAUGUAGAGAGAGGGCAAGAAAAAAAUGGAGUGCUACAUUAGUUAGAAAUAAAAUAGGGCUCACUUUGAGAGAUCAUACUGUUGUGACACAUGAGUUCUAAAACAUUCUUGGAGGAGAUCAAAUAUAUGUAACCUGAUUAUUUGAAAUAAUGGACAUUUUUUACUAAUGUUGACAAAGUCAAAUACGUUUUAGGACAAGUUUACAUGUAGCAUCUAAAUUGAUAGGGGAGGUAAAAAACUAAGCUCUUUAGUUGAGAAUUCAUAGACCAUUUUAUCUUUUAAAAUUGCGAUUCAUUGUUGAUAGUCUUAAAUAAUUCCUAAUGGCCCUGAGCAGUGAUAAGUGGAACAUUGUACUGGAUUAUGGAAUGCUAACCUAGAACAAGUCUCGAUUCUUGGAUGUAUAUAAUAAUGCCAUCUAACUUUA